AUGCGAUUCGUUUGUCAAGAUGAUAUCGAUUUCCCUGAUCCAAAGCCUCCCCAGAAAGACAUCCUUGGAGGCGGCGGCUCCUAUGCUGCCCUUGGCGCUCGCCUGUUCUCGCCGCCGCCACUGUCCUCCACGGUAGGAUGGAUCGUCGACCAGGGCUCCGACUUUCCACCUUCAGUCACCACGCUGAUUGACAGCUGGGAGACGUCUGCCCUCAUGCGCCAUGAUCCGGGGCGGCUCACCACUCGAGGCUGGAAUGGCUACGGCGGCACCGAUGACAAGCGCGAGUUCAAGUAUCUGACUCCCAAGAAGCGCCUCACGAGCGACGACCUGUCACCGGAGCAGCUCCAGUCGAAGUCGUUCCAUCUCAUCUGCUCUCCGACUCGCUGCCAGGAGCUGGUGACUACCAUAAUCUCUCGCCGCAAGGAAGCUGCUACCUCGGAGUCUUAUACUAAACCAAUCUUCGUGUGGGAGCCAGUGCCCGAUCUAUGCAACCCGGACCAGCUGCUCAAUCUUACAAACACUCUGCCGCUUGUAGAUGUCUGCAGCCCAAACCACAGCGAGCUUGCUGGCUUCAUGGGUGACGAUGGCCUGGACCCAGUGACGGGAGACAUCUCCGUUCGAGCUGUUGAGCGCGCUUGCGAGCAGCUUCUUGAUAGCAUGCCUCUCCAAUCCUUCGCAAUCGUCGUGCGAGCCGCUCACAAGGGCUGCUACGUUGUCAAGAAUGGCGGUAGGAAACGUCGUCCCGGACAGAACUCUAAAUCGACACGAAAAAAGAAUUAUACUAGAGGUGGCCUACGACCCGAUAUCGACAUGACGGCCCUGUUGGCUGAUCUCAUCUGUGAUGAAGAUGGUUCAAUCGCCCGCGAAGAGACUGAAUUUGAAGUCGAUCCUGGAGUUGAGCGAUGGAUCCCGGCUUACCAUACGGAUAAAGAUAGUGUUGUUGACCCUACAGGCGGUGGCAACACAUUUCUCGGGGGUCUAUCCGUGGCUUUGGCUCGAGGUAAGAGCUACGAGGAAGCCGCUGUUUGGGGAUCUGUAGCGGCCAGUUUUGCCGUUGAACAGGUUGGCAUGCCAACACUUGAUCGACAGGAUGACAGCACUGAGACUUGGAAUGGAUGCAAUGUACUAGACCGACUGCGCAAGUUUGAGGAAAGACUUUAA